UGAUUCAUGUUCCAAAUGAUUUUACAUCCAUUGAAGCUGUAACGACUCGAGCAUAGAAGAAUAUGAGAAGUGCAACUGCUAAUUUUGCUGAAAGAAUAUUCGACUUCGAGCUUUGCAAAAAGAAAAUUAGCUUAUUGAGCUCUACACAAUGUUUUUUCAUCAUAUAUUUAUUUAAGCAUCCCCAAGUUUUUGGCAUUAAGGCUUUGAUUGAUGGUGAUGAUGAGAUUAGGCUGUAGAGCAUCUUUGAACAUAUCAUCCAUGCAUUUCGAUUCUAUUUCGGUUCCCCUUGGCAGAUUGGAGGUUAGCUUCAUCUCAGUCUGCAACAUUUAGUGUAUCAACUCUUACCCUAACUGAUUAGGAGGGAGCAUUCCUUCUUUAGAAGUAGUUAGUUCGAUUCCUACCAAGCCCGUACAUGGAAUUAUCAUGUAUUUGCCUAACAAGCAUGGUUUGCGGGCUAUUGUGCAGGCUUAUAGAUUUAACCCGUGCACAUCCGAAGAGUUGUUGAUUAAACCUAUGCGCGUAGACAGGUCCCAAGAAGCAUUUCAUAAUCGUUCUCUCUUUCGUUAGCACGAGCCCAAGCUGAAGGGCUCAAGUCUCCUUUGUAUUGCAGUGACAUACCCAUGGCACAGUUCAUUAUCAACCUGAAUGCUUCUCUACCGGCUUCACAGAGGUUCAUCAUACACAUCUUGGAUAGCACUCACCUCUUUGUUCAACCUCAGGUGGCUGAAAUGAUCCGGAGUGCCAUUUCAGAGUUCAGGGACCAAAAUCCUUAUGAGAAGCCUGCUUAGCCUUUUUUUUUCCCCCUCGGAACGGCCAAGUGACAGCAUUGCUCGCUUGAGCUCAGUGUCAGGGUUAGAAACGAUAU